UUAUGUUUCCAGAUCACAAAAUUCGUGCAAGACAGACACAGAGCAAGAAGGAAUCGGCUUAGGAAGGAUCAGCUUAAGAAACUUCCUGUACAUAAAUUUAAGAAAGGAGACGAAUACGACGUAUGUGCCAUUUGUCUGGACGAAUAUGAGGAUGGAGACAAGCUCAGAAUCCUUCCAUGUUCUCAUGCCUAUCACUGCAAGUGUGUGGACCCGUGGCUGACAAAAACAAAAAAAACAUGCCCUGUAUGUAAGCAGAAGGUGGUCCCUUCCCAGGGGGACUCUGACUCUGAAACAGACAGCAGCCAGGAGGAGAACGAAGUGUCUGAAAACACUCCCUUGCUUAGGCCGUUAGCCUCAGUUAGCACCCAGUCGUUCGGGGCUUUGUCAGAAUCUCAUUCCCACCAGAACAUGACCGAGUCCUCAGAGUAUGAGGAAGAUGACAAUGACAAUAUCGAUAGCAGUGAUGCAGAAAACGGAGUGAAUGAAGAAAGUGUAGUGGUGCAGCUACAGCCCAACGACGAAAGGGAGUACAGAGUGGCAAAUACUGUUUGAGACUACUAAUGACAAGUAGUGUACGAACAAAAGAGUCCUUAAGGCUAUACUUUACAACCCGUUACGUAGGGAAUAUAUUUUAAUCUGUAAUCCAUUUGGUUUCU